AUAUCUUUUCCUUUACCCACUUUAGGCUUUCUAAGAGAAACUGGAGAGGAAUCAGUAGUGUUCCUAUUGGUAGAACCAACCACUGCCUGAGAGAACGGUGCACAGUGAUGAUUCAGGACCAAGGACAGUGGCAAAGUGGUGGCGGGCUCAAGAUUCAUACUUUACACUUCAGAGGUUAUUUGUAUCUCACGGAUGUUCCUUAAAUAUUAAAUCAAGUUGAAAAUAUGAAAUAUGAGUUAAUUAACGUGUAUUUCCAUCAAGUUGACAUAGCCUGCUAAUACAAAAAUGUCACCACUCUCUCAAAUUUGUGUGCAUAACUCUUAUUUUCCUUCUGGUGCAGGUGAUAGAAAAAAAUGUUGAUCCUGAAACAAUGCUGUUACCAUAUCUGAGGAAGAAGCUUCGACUCACAGGAACUAAGUAUGGCUGUGGAGGGGGGGGCUGUGGCGCCUGCACAGUGAUGAUAUCACGAUACAACCCCGUUACCAAGAGGAUAAGACACUCCCCAGCCAACGCCUGCAUGAUGCCCAUCUGUUCAGCGCACGGUGCUGCCGUCACAACCGUCGAAGGCGUAGGAAGCACCAGGACCAGGAUUCACCCCGUUCAGGAGAGGAUCGCCAAGUGUCACGGCACCCAGUGUGGGUUCUGCACCCCUGGCAUGGUGAUGUCCAUCUACACGCUGCUGAGGAACCAGCCGGAUCCCACUCUGGAUCAGUUAACUGAUGCCCUUGGUGGUAACCUGUGCCGUUGCACUGGAUACAGGCCCAUAAUUGAUGCGUGCAAGACCUUCUGUAACACUUCUGGGUGCUGUCAAAGUAAAGAAAAUGGGGUUUGCUGUUUGAAUCAAGAAAUAAAUGAAUUACCGGAAUUUGAGGAAGGAAAUAAGGAAAAUCCAAAACUCUUCUCAGAAGAGGAGUUUCUGCCCUUGGAUCCAACUCAGGAAUUAAUUUUUCCUCCCGAGCUAAUGAUAAUGGCUGAGAAACAACCACCAAGGACCAGGAUUUUUGCUGGCGAUAGAAUGAUGUGGAUUUCCCCAGUGACCCUGAAAGAACUUCUAGAAGCUAAAGCCAAGUACCCCCAGGCCCCUGUCGUCAUGGGGAACACCUCUACGGGGCCCAAAGUGAAAUUUAAAGGCGCUUUUCACCCAGUGAUCAUUUCUCCUGACAGAAUAGAAGAACUGAAUGUUGUAAACUAUGCACGUAAUGAGCUGACCUUGGGUGCUGGCCUCAGCCUGGCUGAGGUGAAGGACAUCCUGGCCGGUGCAAUCCUGAAGCUCCCAGAGGAGAAGACACAAACAUUCCGUGCUCUCUUGAAGCAUUUGAGAACUCUGGCUGGGUCCCAGAUCAGGAACAUGGCUUCUUUAGGGGGCCACAUUGUGAGCAGGCAUCUAGAUUCAGAUCUAAAUCCCCUCCUGGCUGUGGGCAACUGUACCCUCAACUUGCUGUCAAAAGAAGGAAAACGACAGAUUCCUUUAAACGAGCACUUUCUUGAAAAGUGCCCCAGUGCAGACCUUAAGCCUGAAGAAAUCUUGAUCUCCGUGAACAUCCCCUACUCGAGGAAGUGGGAAUUCGUGUCAGCCUUCCGACAAGCCCAGCGGCAGCAGAACUCGCUGGCCAUAGUCAAUUCAGGAAUGAGAGUCUUUUUUGGAGAGGGGGAUGGCAUCAUCAGAGAGUUAUCCAUCUCGUAUGGAGGCGUUGGUCCAGCCACCAUCUGUGCAAAGAAUUCCUGCCAGAAACUCAUCGGAAGGCGCUGGAAUGAAGAGAUGCUGGACGCAGCUUGCAGGCUGGUUCUGGACGAAGUCUCCCUUCCAGGCUCAGCUCCGGGGGGGAAGGUGGAGUUCAAGAGGACUCUCAUCAUCAGCUUCCUCUUCAAGUUCUACCUGGAAGUGUCGCAGAUUUUAAAGAGGAUGGACCCUGUUCACUAUCCUAGCCUUAUGGACAAGUAUGAGAGUGCUUUAGAGGACCUUCAUUCUAGACAUCGCUGGAGCACAGUGAACUACCAGAAUGUAGACCCCAAGCAGCUUCCUCAAGACCCAGUUGGCCAUCCCAUCAUGCACCUGUCUGGCAUUAAGCAUGCCACAGGCGAAGCCAUCUACUGUGACGACAUGCCUACAGUGGACCGGGAACUUUUCCUGGCUUUUGUAACAAGUUCAAGAGCUCAUGCUAAGAUUGUGUCGGUUGAUCUGUCGGAAGCCCUCAGCCUGCCAGGCGUGGUGGAUGUCGUGACUGAGGAACAUCUUCAAGGCGUAAACUCCUUCAGGUUUUUGGGCGCACCCGAGAAGCUGCUGGCGUCAGAUACGGUGUUUUGCGUGGGUCAGCUUGUCUGUGCCGUGAUUGCGGAUUCCGAGGUUCAGGCAAGGAGAGCUGCGAAGCGAGUGAAGAUUGCCUACCAAGAUUUGGAGCCAGUGAUCCUAACCAUAGAGGAAGCUAUACAACACAAGUCCUUCUUUGAGCCAGAAAGGAAACUGGAAUAUGGAAAUGUUGAUGAAGCUUUUAAAGCGGUUGAUCAAAUUAUUGAAGGUGAAAUACAUAUAGGAGGUCAGGAACAUUUUUAUAUGGAAACCCAAAGCAUGCUUGUUGUUCCCAAAGGAGAAGAUCAAGAAAUGGAUGUCUAUGUGUCUACACAGUAUCCCAAAGGCAUUCAGGACAUAGUUGCUUCAGUCUUGAAGCUCCCAGCUAACAAAGUCAUGUGUCAUGUAAAGCGUGUUGGUGGGUCAUUCGGGGGGAAGGCGUUUAAAACUGCUUUCAUGGUUGCCAUCACUGCAUUUGCAGCAAACAAACAUGGUCGUGCAGUUCGCUGCAUUCUGGAACGUGGAGAAGACAUGUUAAUAAUUGCCGGCCGCCACCCUUACCUUGGAAAGUACAAAGUUGGGUUCAUGAAUGACGGCAGAAUCCUGGCCCUAGACAUGCAGCAUUAUAGCAACGGAGGCUUCUCCCUGGAUGAAUCCUUACUCGUGUUAGAAACUGGACUUCUGAGGAUGGAUAAUGCUUACAAGUUUCCCAACCUGCGUUGCCGAGGGUGGGUGUGCAGAACCAACCUUCCAUCCAACACGGCUUUGCGUGGGUUUGGCUUUCCGCAGGCAGGGCUGAUCACCGAAGCCUGCAUCACCGAAGUGGCAACCAAGUGUGGUUUGUCCCCUGAGAAGGUCCGAAUGAUAAACAUGUACAAGGAAAUUGAUCUAACACCCUACAAACAAGAGUUUAAUGCCAAGAACCUGACCCAGUGUUGGGAAGAAUGUAUGGCCAUGUCUUCCUACUCCCUGAGGAAAGCGGCCGUGGAAAAAUUCAACUCGGAGAAUUACUGGAAGAAGAAAGGGCUGGCCAUGGUCCCCCUGAAGUUUCCUGUCGGCCUUGGCUCACAAGCUGCUGGUCAGGCUGCUGCCCUGGUUCACGUCUAUCUAGAUGGGUCUGUGCUGGUGACUCACGGUGGAAUUGAAAUGGGGCAGGGGGUUCACACUAAAAUGAUUCAGGUAGCCAGUCAUGAAUUAAGGAUGCCACUGUCCAAUGUCCACCUGCGCGGAACAAGCACAGAAACUGUCCCCAACACAAAUGUGUCUGGAGGUUCUUUGGUGGCAGACCUCAAUGGGAUGGCAGUAAAGGAUGCUUGUCAAACUCUCCUAAAGCGCCUGGAACCCAUCAUCAGCAAGAAUCCUCGAGGCACUUGGAAGGACUGGGCACAGGCUGCUUUUAAUGAAAGCAUUAGUCUCUCGGCUACGGGAUACUUCAGGGGUUAUGAGUCACACAUGAACUGGGAGACGGGCGAAGGCCAUCCUUUCGAAUACUUUGUUUGCGGAGCCGCCUGUUCCGAGGUUGAAAUAGACUGCCUGACGGGAGCUCAUAAGAUCAUCAGAACAGACAUUGUCAUGGAUGUUGGCUGCAGUGUAAACCCCGCCGUUGACAUAGGCCAGAUUGAAGGUGCAUUUAUUCAAGGCAUGGGACUUUAUACAAUCGAAGAACUGAAAUAUUCUCCUCAGGGUGUCCUGUACACUCGGGGUCCAGACCAAUACAAAAUCCCCACCGUCUGUGACAUCCCUGCAGAAUUUCACGUUUCUUUAUUGCCUCCGUCUCAAGACUCAAAUACCCUGUAUUCAUCUAAGGGUCUGGGAGAGCCUAGCCUAUUCCUGGGGUGCUCGGUGUUUUUUGCCAUCCGUGACGCAGUGAAUGCAGCGCGACAGGAGAGAGGCCUGUCUGGACCAUUGAAGCUCAGUAGUCCACUCACCCCAGAGAAAAUUAGAAUGGGCUGUGAAGAUAAGUUCACAAAAAUGAUUCCAAGGGACAAACCUGGAUCAUAUGUUCCUUGGAAUAUACCCGUAUGAAUCAAGUACGAACUUACGGAGAAAAUCGGUGGCUCUUCCCAUAUAGCAACCUAUCCAGUUUCCAUGCUCGAAGAUGCUCGGUCUGAAAGACAAAUUUUCACAGUUCAGAAAUCAUUUCACAGAGUAUCACUUUUAUGUGAUGCCAAUUUUAAAUGUUCUGUUUAGAUUUUGAUAGAUAUGCUUAAGCAAUUUAGAAAUCAUAUUUUAAAUGUAUAAACACUAACUGGUUUCCUCUAGAAGAUCGUUCCCGUUACCCUGCCCCUUAAACCUUGCAGCUGAAUGGAAUAGAUGAUGACUUGUCUGUGAUUCAUAUUUGGCUGGUAUCCACCAACAGAAAUUAUACUGUCUAGUGAAAGGAAAUUUUCAAAAUGAUUUUAUUAGUAGUAUGAACUGUAAAGGAUAUUCACUUUUUACUUUAUAUGUGUUUGUAUUUUUAGUUUUUAAAAAUACGCAUUAGUUCUGUAAUUUAAGACAAAUUAAUAAACA